AAGAGGAUGGCGUCGGGUGGGCGCCUGGCGCGCUGCUGGGGGCCGCGGCUCCCUCUGCUCCGGCUGGCGCUGCUGCUGGCCGGCGGGGCGGCCCUGGCGCCUGGGCCCGCGCGAGGGGCCGCCUCGGAGCCCGGGCGGUGGAGCCUCCAGGCCCGGGGGAACCAAACGAAGAAUUUGUUUGUCUUACCCAAAACAAUGUUUAAGGACACCCAGAUUAUCCUCAAAUUUGUGGAAAAGAACUGCGUUGCCCCUGAUUUGUCCCUGAACAUCACCUGGUACCUCCGCAGCUCCCACUGCCACGACGAGGUCUACAUAGACUUUCCUCCUCUGCCCUCUCAGGAAACCAAGGCGGACCAGUACCUGAGCCAUUACGAAACGGAGGCCAGCGUUGCCGGAGGCGGCCAGUACAUUUGGUACACGACUCUGGUCCCGUGCAGCCAGCUCAAUGAGCUGCACUUCCCAGAGCUGCCGAAGCCCCAAAAGCUGCAGCCUUUCAAGGAGGAAGGCGUGGUCAGUUCGCCCCAGUCGGGAGUGAAGAAGAGGGAGGCUCCCAAGCAGGCCGAAGAAGAGGCCGUGGGGAAGGAAACUGGAGCCACACAAGUGAGCAAGGAUGUUGCGCGGCCGGCUGCCUCGGCCAGCGAGAAGGAAGACAAAGGCGCCGCAAAAAGCACAGUGGCAAAGAAGCAGAAGUUAGAGGUUUCGACGGUCGCCGUGACCUGGGAGGACGGGCCUUACGUCUUCAUCCUCAAGAUCUUCAGCAACAAGAUGCCGUCUCCUAACUGGGAGAUCAAAAUUGACGUGCAGAUGAAGCACCCCGACCACCAGUACAUCUCUGCCUCCGAGUGGCCUCUGAUGGUGUUCUACAUGGUGAUGUGCAUUGUCUACGUGCUUUACGGGGUCCUCUGGCUGGUCCUGCUGGCCUGCUACUGGCGAGACAUCCUUCGCAUCCAGUUCUGGAUUGGCGGCGUCAUCCUCCUGGGAAUGCUAGAGAAGGCUGUCUUCUAUGCAGAGUUUCAGAGUAUCCAGAGCCAAGGGACCUCAGUUCAAGGGGCGGUGAUAUUUGCCGAGGUCCUGUGCGCCGUGAAGAGGAUGCUGGCGCGGGUUCUGGUCAUCAUCGCUAGCCUGGGAUACGGCAUCGUCAAGCCACGGCUGGGGGCUCUCUUGAAUCGGGUCGUGGGCGUGGGGCUGAUGUACUUGAUCUUCUCCAUCAUCGAGGGGGUCCUGCGGGUCAAAUCGGAGCAAACCAAAGCCGCCGCGCUCAUCUGUGAAAUUUUCCUGGCGUUUGUGGAUUCGUGUAUCGUCUGGUGGAUCCUCAUUAGCCUGGUGCAAACCAUGAAGCUGCUGAAACUGCGCCGGAACCUGGUCAAGCUCUCGCUCUACCGCCAUUUCACCAACACUCUCAUCUUCGCCGUCAUCGCAUCUGUUAUCUUCAUUAUCUGGACCACUAAGACUUUCAGGCUUGCCACGUGCCAGGCAGACUGGCGGGAACUGUGGAUCGACGAUGCUUUCUGGAGGUUCCUCUUCUCUAUCAUCCUUCUGGUGAUCAUGUUCCUCUGGAGACCCUCGGCCAAUAACCAAAGGUACGCCUUCAUGCCCCUGGUGGACGAAGGCAGCGAGCCGGAGGACGAGGACGAGGAGCCCAUGGUCAACGAGGCCUUUGAAGGGAUGAAGAUGAGAAGUUCGAAGCCUGAAGCCAAUGGGAUCCUCAAGGGCAGCAGAGUGGAUGAAGACUUGAAAUGGGUUGAAGAAAACAUCCCGUCUUCCAUGGCUGACGUCGUGCUCCCUCCUUUGUUAGAUUCUGACGAGGAAAUUGUGACCACGAAAUUCGAAAUGUCCAAAAUGGAAUGAAGUCUGGAUCCGGCCGAGCCGCUCAGCCACACUCUUUUCCUGGUGGAUUUUGGAACAGACAAAGAGUCGCCGAUGGUCUUCCUUUUCCCUUUUUUCCUUUUUACACAUGCACAUAUAUAAUAUAUAUACAUAUAUAUAUAUAUUUGUAUAUGGUCAAAAUAUUAUUUUAUUACUUUUUGGUGUUUCUCUAACUAUGGAGCUCCGAGGCUUUUGGGGUUUGUUUUUUGGCCAGGCGAGGACCUUACGCCUGACCCCACCAGUUGGAGGGCAGACUUGUAGCCGAGAUCGGCAGCGCCCCCCACUGGAAAGGAGGGGGAUUGCGGGACAGUCGGACCGGCGUUGCUUUAUUGUCGACUUCUUUCCCGAACCCUGUUUUGGAGCAGGCCUUCUCUGAUGAGGAAACGCGAGGGGGACUCUUUGCAGCGCCAUUUUGUGUCCUUUGCCGUUGGCCUCGGGGUACUUGUACAGUCGGGUCUCUUGACGCUGGCUUGGGACCCGAGUCGCUUGUGGGGACGGGGUGCAAAAUUCUGGGGCAGGGAAUGUGCACGAACCCAAAGUUUGUGCGGCUUCAAAGCUGCUUCUCUGACCGCAUGGAAGCGCUCUAAGGGGAGCAUAAAAUGGGCAGUCCUCUCUUUUUGGAGGAAUCCUUAGGGCAGGCACCCCUAACCUGUGGCCCUCCAGAUGUUUGGGACUACAACUCCCAUGAUCCCUAGCUAACAGGACCAGUGGUCAGGGAUGAUGGGAAUUGUAGUCCAAAACACCUGGAGGGCCGAAGGCUGGGCGUGCCUGCCUUAGGGGGACAGCGGCUGGUUUUUUGCGGAGGAGACGCAGGCAAGGGGCACGCCCGACUCUGCAACAAAAAGGGGGCGCAGGUUGGAAAGGAUGGCUUUUAUGGCCAAGGAGAGCAUUGGGGCAGAUCUAUAGGGUGGGCAGGUUCGUUGGAUCUCUGGAAUCAAGUUUCCCGCAGCAGCUCGCCGUGUUGAGCCGCAGGAAACUUUAUGGGGAAAAAGCGCCCGAUUGGUUUAUUUUGGGGGGCAUAAGGGAAACUGAGGAUGAAGGGGAAGCUAUAUGGGGAGCGCAGAGAGCCCAGCUUGCUUGAGACCACAGCGUGGUUCUUUUCUCAACAACGGCAGCCUCAAAAGCACUUUUAAGUGUCCUUUGGGCAAUAGCAGGCAGCAAGCACCCUUCGAUGCUGGAUCGGAAGAAGGAUCGCAGCCACCCCCGUCCUCCCCCCACACCCUUUAUUCCCAGGCCAGCCUUCUCCCUCCCCUCAAUCUGAUGCCCUCCAGAUGUUCAGGAUACAGCUCCCAUCAGCUGCAGCCAGCACAGCUGUAUAUUGCAAAGGCUGAUGGGAGUUGUAGGCAGAAACAUUUUGCAGCCACCUGGCUAGGGAAGGCUGCCCUGGGAGAUCCUUCCUGGACCACUUGAGAUAUAUAUAUAUGUUGCUUCCUGCCUUGAUUCCGCAUUCAAAAGAUGCUUUUUCUAAAAAUAAAAUAUAGAAUUCCACCCGGAGCAGUGUACAGACUUAUCCCCUUGGUAAGCUUGCUCUUCUGAACAGCUUUUUUCACGUUCCCAAAACUUCAGCCGGACUUUCUGAUGUGACGCUUUCGAGGUUACUGGGAUACAUGGGGAGGGAACGUCGGAUUUCUUCUCAAAUAAACCCUUUUAUUUAUUUUUGAAA